GAAUUCGGAUUUCGGAUUUUUGUUUGAGUGUCAGUGUACAAUAGUAUCUAGUUUUUGUUCAUAUUUUGCCGUUUAAUGUGAUUUGUUAUUGUUAAAUCCUCACAAAAUACAGAAAAAUAUGUGGGAUCCAACUCACGUCCAAGUUAUUGUCCAAAGAGCUAAAGGAUUACUCAUAAAAGGUAAAAACGGUACAAAUAACUGUUUCGUUACAAUAUCACUCGGUAAAGAUAAAUUCCAAACUUCUGUUAAACAUAAGGCCACAGAAAACGUAGAUUGGUUUGAGGAAUGCGAAUUGCGGAUACCUUCACAGGGAAACACUGCAGAAAUCGUUUUGAAAGUAUACGAUGAAGACUUUGUCAAAGAUCAUUUACUAGGUCAAGUAUCUAUUCCGUUAAAAGACCUCGAUAUAUACGAAACACCGAGAAACCGAUCGUAUCCCUUGCGUGGGAAAACUGGCAAGGAGAAUGAUAAAAAUAGAGGUGAGCUAGAGGUUAAAAUAGCAUUCACUGUUAAAGAAGGAAGUUUGUCUGACCUCAGCAAGAAAGAUAAACACAAGUCGUCUUUGUCGAGCAUCGCCCAAAACGUCGGCGGCAGUCUCAUGAGCAUAGGAAGCAUAGAAAAACGUAAGGGCCUCAAAAAGUUUGCUAAAAACCUGGGAUCAAAAAUCAAUCUCAACAAAAAAGAUAAGAAAAGUGAUUCAUCUUCUCUAGGUGGUAGUGUGGGUAACUUAAGAAAUUCUGUUCUGUCUACUCCUGACACAUCUACACCAAAGAGGUUGCCAACUGAUCAAGCAGAUCCCGGGGUCAUCAGCGAGGAUGAGGACGAAUUUGCAUUUGAUGAUCUGUCCCACAAAAGUUCAGGCAGCUCUCUGAAUGUAAAUAACAAUUCAUUUUUACCAAGAAACGUAAAAAAUUAUACACCAUCUCCUGUAAAUGCCUCGCUGGAGAAUUUGGGUGGUGGAGAAUUUCUCAGAAGAUCUACGAGCAGCAAUUUGGUGGCCUCAGAGAAACAAGCCCCGCUUAAACCAGUACGAUUAAGUCUUGAUACAUUCACUGCGCCACAACUGCCCGCACAGGCUCUGAAUAAAGAUGAUGAAUGGUCACAAAAACUGUAUUCCAGAAAAUCAAUUAGCCAAACUAUGAUUGACAGAGAAAAGUCAUCAAGCCUGGAAAGGAACAAAAAACUUGAUAGCCCCAAUUCCCUUAAAGAAAAACCGAGCCCUAAGUUUUUCAAAAAAUUUGGUAACAGCAAACCUAAGAAGCUCCUCGAAGAACGCAUAAUAGUUGGAGAAGAGAACAUAGUGGAGGAAGAUUAUGUUAAUCCAGCCUUUAACAAUUUACCCAAAACGGUUUUACAGCAAUUUGAGGAUAUGUCACGAGAAGAUUUAAUUGUAACAAUUUACAACUUACAAAAAGAUGUUGAAUCUGAGAAGAAAAAGAACAAGGAUCUCGAAAACUAUUUAGAUGAUCUUCUAUUGAGAGUUAUGGAGACUACUCCAAGAAUCUUGCAGAAUCCAUAUGUGAGAAACAAUAGUAUGCAUAUUAGAAACAAGCAAGUAUAGGUUGUUUAUUAGGCCCCAACCUAUAUUAAGAGUUUAAUGUACCUUAAGUAUUAAAUAAAUCAAAUUAUUUAAAUAGAUUCAUAAGAUUGAUUUCGUAUUAGAAACCAAAAAGGAAGAUAAUUUAUUUAUUGAUUAAAAUUAAAUAGUAAAUGAAUGUCAAUUACUCAGUAGAGUGAAGUGUAAAGUGCCUUACUUUGCAACAAAAGAUGUGAUGAAUAAUUACUCUCAGAUUUAAGCUUAGACAAAAAUUGUACUGCUCGUAUUAUAAAUAUUUAUAGCAGGGCUUUCUGAAGUACAUUGUUAUUGCAUGUCAGAUAAACUUAAGUUUGAUUCAAUUAAGAUAUAAUCAAGAAGAGCUCUGCUAAAGCACUCUGAACCAUAUUAACAAUUCAAAAAAUCUUUAACUCUUAAGUGCCAAAUUAAAGAUGAUUAUAAUUGUUUUUGAGAUUUGUACUAUGGCUAAAAGUUUAUAAAGGCAUGUUUUGUUUAAAGUUUACUUUAUUGUCCAUUAUUAUUUAAGAUAGUGUAACAAUAUAAUAUUUUAACAGAAUUAAGCAAUUCAUGAACAAAUAUGCUACAUAUUAUAGUUAGGUGAUAUUCCAUCCUUUAUUUUUAUCUUCAAUGUGUAAAAUUAGUAUAUGGAAAAAUAUUUUUAGUCAUCACUCAUGCCUUCAGAACAAAAGAGGCUGCACUGACUAAUUAUUAUAAAUUUUAAUAAAAUGUAUGUAUAGUGUGUUCCUUAUUAUAAUAAAGACACACGUUAAAAUAAUUUAGCCUCUUUUGGACUGUUACUUUUUUAAUAUUAUAUAAGAAGAAUAUAGAGUUCAAAUAUUUGGAAGCAAAGAAACCUUGUGCAAUAUCAUUAUAAGUCAAUAGUUAAAACAUAUUUUUGUACAGGGACUUGUUGAAUUUCUCAUUUAAAAAAAUAUUCUAAAGUUAUUUUAAAAUGUGUAAGAUAACAAUUAAAAUCAGUUGAGUUAUAAUAUUAUUCUAUUUCAUAAACAUUAUCUUAGAUAGGUACUUUGUAGAUUGAAAUAAGCAAUACUUUCAAAUGUAGAUUAGAUAAUGGAGUUGUGAUUUAAGAUAUAAAUAGUUGGGUUGUCUUUAAUAUAAUCAAUAAACAAUAAUAUAUUAAUAAAUUAGAGGCACUGAUUCCACGAUCAUAGAAAUCCUGCAGAAUGUACAAUAUAAUGAUUAAUGGCCAAGUGAUUUUUGUAUAACAAAAAAAAAAAAGAAUGUAACAUUUGUUUUUACAUCCGUCCUUAAUAUUAUAAUGACAAAAAUAUUUUCCUUUCUCUUUUGUUGAUGGUUGUAUAGAAUAAGUUGUACAAUAUAAUACUUAUAUAAAUGCAAAAUUAUUAUAAUGCUGAAUUCAAUAUCACACUCAUCUUUGUCUACAUCAGAGGUUCCCAAACUUAUUUUGUAUACUGCCCACUUUGAGAACAAAUUAUGCUACUUGUAGCGCCCCCCAUUCUUUGAAUUUAAAAUGCAUUCAGAUGAAAUUAAGUUACAAAUCACCGCCCCAAUGCCUCUACCCAAUGCCCCCAUUUUUAUUCUGGGUCCCACACCGCCUUCCUUAGACCUUCAGCGCCCACACAGGGGCAUUAUCGCCCACUUUGGGAAAGGCUGGUCUACACGUUGAAGAAAAUUCCUUAAAUGAUUGCCUUUAACAUUCCUUGCAUGUUUGAUUACAAUGUUUUUGUGGUUCAUUUAUUUUAAGUAUUUCAUGGAACUAUUGCAUGCCUUCUUCAUGGAGCAUGUAAAGUUAUUCAAAUGACUUAAUUUUUUUUUUUAAUUUAUAAGGACUACUUACUCUUAUGUUUUGUUUGUCUAACAGAUAAGAGAAAAGUAUGUUUAUGUUUAAAAGUGAUUUCACUUUUAAGAAUUUCAUUUAAUCAUAGGUAAAAUAUGUUCACCAUACACGUGAAUAUGGUUAUUCUGAUUAUUACUGUACUCAUGUUAGAGAUACUGUACUGAUACUGUACUCAUAAAUAAAAUGUGAAAGUU